AAUGGGCAGCGCGGUCGGAAAAUGAUAUUCAGUGUUCCAAUGGGGAAGUGGAGUGUCCCGAUUGAUCCCGGAUGCCGACGGCGAUGGCUGUGCUGAAUUGAUCAAGUCGCCGUCGCUUGCUGCUGAGCGAGGCCGCGGGAGACCUCACCGGCUGCCUUGGCUGAGGGCUUUUAUUUAUUUAUUUCGUUUUAAAGGCAGCGUUGCAGUCCCCACCAGGCUCUGGGGUAAAAAGGGUUCCGGCAACAACAGCGGUUCUGAGUUUGCAGCGCGUUUGGUUGUUCUCGCCAUGAGUUCUCAGGCAGCGGCAUUCGCUACUACAGCAGCAGGAGCACCGCCCCCCUCCUCCAAGCGGCUCCCGGUUUCUUCUUCAGGCAUCUGAAGCAGCUCCCAGUGCAAGUUCUGCGCCUCAUUAACUUCGCUGACCUGGUGUGCUUUUUUUUUUUUUGUAAUUAAUUGCUUCACUUCCCUGCCUCUAGGCGCCUUGAGAAACUGAGGCUCCUCACUUGGUGUCUCUUUGAAUUUUGUUAAACAAACUGCAUGUAUUUUCAAUUUUAAUAGCAUUUUUUUUAAGGCGUUUUGGGAAGGACGUUGCAUUUCUGGCUUUUUCUGUUCCAGCUGAUUUUUUUUUUAAACAAAAGCUUCGUUUUGGAAGGGCUCGUGGAAAUCAUGGGGCUACCUGCCCUGGAAUUUAGUGAUUGCUGCCUGGAUAGCCCUCAGUUCCGAGAGAGGCUGAAAUCGCACGAAGCUGAACUGGACAAGACCAACAAGUUCAUCAAGGAGCUCAUAAAAGACGGCAAGUCGCUCAUUGCAGCGCUUAAGAAUCUGUCGUCAGCAAAGCGGAAAUUUGCAGAUUCCUUGAAUGAUUUUAAAUUUCGAUGUAUAGGUGAUGCAGAAACAGAUGAUGAAAUAUGUAUAGCAAAAUCCCUACAAGAGUUUGCUGCUGUCCUUAGAAAUCUGGAAGAUGAGCGCAUGCGCAUGAUCGAGAAUGCUAGUGAGGUCUUGAUCACACCUCUGGAGAAAUUUCGGAAAGAACAAAUUGGUGCUGCUAAGGAAGCUAAGAAAAAGUAUGAUAAGGAGACAGAGAAAUACUGUGGUGUUUUAGAAAAGCACUUAAACCUGUCUUCUAAGAAAAAAGAAUCUCAGCUUCAAGAGGCAGACAACCAGGUGGACCUGGUUCGGCAGCAUUUCUAUGAAGUCUCUCUGGAAUAUGUUUUCAAAGUACAGGAAGUUCAGGAGAGGAAGAUGUUUGAAUUUGUGGAACCUUUGCUGGCUUUUCUGCAAGGGCUGUUUACAUUCUACCAUCAUGGUUAUGAACUUGCAAAGGACUUCAGUGAUUUCAAGACAGAGCUGACAAUCAGCAUACAAAAUACUAGAAACCGGUUUGAAGGCACACGAUCAGAGGUUGAGACCUUGAUGAAGAAGAUGAAGGAGAAUCCCCAUGAGCACAAAAACAUCAGUCUGUACACAAUGGAGGGUUAUCUAUAUGUCCAAGAAAAGCGUCACUUUGGAACAUCCUGGGUGAAGCAUUACUGCACCUAUCAGAGUGACUCUAAGCGUAUAACUAUGGUGCCAUUUGAUCAGAAGUCUGGUGGAAAGGGGGGAGAAGAUGAAGCUAUUACUCUCAAGUCAUGCACACGUCGGAAAACUGAUUCCAUAGAGAAGAGGUUUUGCUUUGAUGUAGAAGCAGUGGAUCGGCCAGGAGUGAUUACAAUGCAAGCACUUUCUGAAGAAGAUCGAAGGCUGUGGAUGGAGGCAAUGGAUGGACGGGAACCGGUCUAUAACUCAAACAAAGACAACCAAAGUGAAGGCACUGCCCAGCUGGAUAAUAUGGGCUUCAGCAUUGUCAAGAAAUGUAUACAUGCUGUUGAAACAAGAGGUAUCAAUGAACAAGGGCUCUACAGAAUAGUUGGUGUCAACUCCAGGGUGCAGAAGCUAUUGAGUAUCUUAAUGGAUCCUAAAACAGCUGAAACAGAAGAUGACAUCUGCGCAGAAUGGGAGAUAAAAACAAUCACUAGUGCACUGAAAACAUACUUGAGACUGCUCCCAGGGCCACUCAUGAUGUAUCAGUUUCAAAGAAGCUUCAUCAAAGCAGCAAAACUGGAGAAUCAAGAAUCCAGAAUCUCAGAGAUCCAUAGCUUAGUACACAGACUUCCUGAGAAAAACAGACACAUGCUCCAUUUGCUCAUGAAUCACUUGGCAAAUGUCGCUAAGAACCACAAACAAAAUCUAAUGACUGUCGCAAAUCUGGGUGUUGUUUUUGGACCAACGUUAAUGCGGCCACAAGAAGAAACAGUUGCUGCGAUUAUGGACAUCAAGUUCCAAAACAUUGUGGUUGAAAUCUUAAUAGAAAACCAUGAAAAGGUAUUUAACACAGUUCCAGACACACAGCAGUCAAAUUCACAGCUGCUUUUGUCUCGAAAGAGGAGUACAGAUUCAAAGCCUCCUUCAUGCAGCGAAAGGCCUUUAACACUCUUCCACACAGUGCAACCUAAUGAGAAGCAGGAGAACAGGAACAGUAUCAUCAACUCCAGCCUGGAAUCAGUCAUAUCAUCCAACAUGAACAGUUUCCUCCGCUCCAACAGCACUCCUCAGUCUAAUAUGAACUCCAGUGACCCUGACCUAGAAGUGAUUAAACCCAACAGGCCAAACUCACUAGCUCCCCCUGCUCCAACUGAGGCUGCUGAAGAUGCACCUACUUCAAAUCAACCAUCAGUGGAAGGUGGCAGCAUUGACAACCCUCAGAAUCCAAGUCCAACGUCACCCCUUUCACCGUCCUGGCCUAUGUUCUCCGCACCAUCCAGCCCUAUGCCCACCUCCUCUACGUCCAGCGACUCAUCCCCCAUCAGCUCACCAUUCCGCAAAGCCAGAGCUUUAUAUGCUUGUAAAGCAGAACAUGACUCAGAGCUCUCCUUCACUGCAGGCACAAUAUUUGAUAAUGUUCAUCCAUCUCAAGAGCCUGGCUGGUUGGAAGGAACUCUGAAUGGAAAAACAGGAUUGAUUCCGGAGAACUAUGUAGAGUUUCUAUAACUAUGGACACAUUCAUACACAACAUUGUUGAGCUUUACAUGGUAUCCAUGACAACUGCUGAUUAGUGUAUUGUAGAUCAUUUGCUGUUUGCCACUGUGAAAAGCAAGGUGAAGGAUUCCUAUACCUGUUCUGAAGAAUGUCUAUUUAAAUAAUAAUUGUAUGUUUCUCCUUAUGUAAUGUAUUGUUUGUGCAAAGACAUUUCAGAAAAUGGCAAGGAGCAAAUGAAUGAGGCUUGGGCAUUGGGAAGUCUUUCAACUGUUCCAGGAAAAGUGUCUUUGAAUUUUCUAAAUAUUUUUUUUCUGGUUCUGAAGGGUAUGAUAUGAAUACUGAGUGAACAUGGCUAAAAAUCUUUCAGGGCCACUUUCUAUUUAACUGGAUCCAUUUUCAAAAACAACAACAACAACAACACCAUACCAGUUGGCAUCCAGGCAAGGUGAAAAGAGCAAAAAGCUAUACCCAAAAGCUUUCCCCUGGGCUGGCAAAAAUAAACAUUUGAUUGCUAAGAGGAAAGCAUGUCUGUUCCUUUUAUCUUUAGCAGGUGAAAGUAAUGUUUAUAUACAUCAAGACACUAAUGGCUUGUGCUAGCUAACCUUGACAGAAUUCAAUCCAUUCUCAGCACAUAAAUAAUUCCGGUAAUGAGAACUGCAUCACCAACUACACCCAAAAAAAGGCAGUCGUUGAAUUACAGUAAUGCUUUUAAUUUUUUAAUGCCCCAAGUCGAAUGGUUUCCACAGUGUACAUAUGAAGUAUCUGGUCCUAAAUAAUUAUUAGCAAUAUGAAGGAACAAAUGGACCAAACCUCAUAAUUUUUUAAAGGUUUUGAAGGUUUCUGAGAAAACCAUCUACAAGUGUUUCCUUGUGGGAGAGUGGGAGAAUGCACAAGAUUGCAGCUUCUAUAGAAUAGCUCCCCAUUUGAGUGACAGAAUCAUUCUGUUAUCACUCACCAGCACAAGUUUUAGAAACAAUCACCUGCAAUUUAUUAGAUGCACAUCUCGUCAUUUCUUGUGCAUGGACUAUUUCUGUCAUUCACUAUGGCUGCUUUCCAAGAUGGUACCCUUUGCUUGCUUUGUACCUUGCUAUUGUUGUCAGGUGUGUAGUAAUUGUUCUAAUGCAGUCAGCUUUCUUCAGAUCUGAUGUUUGUUGUGUAGGCAAGUGAAAACUUUAAAACACACGCAUACACAAAGUAUUAGGAUUUGUGAUCCUUUUCACCAUUAAUGAUGCCUUUCAUUUAUGCCUUUUCAAUGGAUGGGGGGAGCCAGUUCAUCCUUGAGAUGAUUAUGAGAACCACCCAAUGAGUUUGUGUGCUAUUUCACAAAGUUGUAGAUCUGAUAUUUAAACUGCAUUAUCUGAAAGCCAGUCUUUCCAGAUGUCAUGUAGUAUUUUCUGUGUCCAAUCAGAAUAGGUUAGUCUACCUGCAGAAAUAGCUGUGGGUACUUCUUGGUGGACAGUGUUCAGUUUUACCUAGCUGUGGCAUUAUAAUGUUUUAGUGGCCAUAGACCUUUUUUUCUGCUUUAAAAAUGUGCUUUUUAAUUUAAUUUAAUGGUCACAUUGCUGUAUGUUUCACUGAUAGAUUGUUUGAACAUUGAGCUGUAAAUAUGAUUAUUUGAAAUAUUGUGAGGUAAAAGUUUUUAUAUAUCCUGGUUUUUAACAGAGAUGUGAUAAAGUAGACGUGCAGUGUUCGUUUGAAACCUGUUUAACAGGAGAUUCAAAGGCAAGCACUAAUAUACACCCUAGCUUAACCUUUCCUGCCCUUCUUCAUUUUGACUUCUCUUCUGUAAGGCAGCUGGUAGUAACUCCUGAAGGAAAACGGCAGGUGUGUCUUUCUGUAGCGGCCAAAUUCUGGUUGGGGGUUGAAGUUCUUCUGGAAUUAAACUGAGCUCUGGAGUCCAGACCACAUAAAUAAAUUCCCUUGGGGAAAAAUGGCAGCUUUGGACUCUAUUGAAUCAAAUCCCUGCCGAGUUCCCGCUCGUCCCCAGAUUUCUCCCUCUGAAAUCUCACCUUCAUAUGUGCAAGAACCUCCCAGCCUGGAGUUGGCAAUUCAAUAUUAUGUAUUGUUCAUUUUAAAAUUUUGAUGUUUACUGAAUGAAUACACAUAUUGUAUACAGGAUUCAUCUCUUUUUUAAGAUCUGGAGGUGUUGCUAUUUUUGGAUCAUACACAAAUAUAUGCUGUUCAUUUUUCCAAUUCA